AUGUCUACUGACAAGAUCACCUUCUUGACCAACUGGCACGCUACGCCAUACCAUAUCCCGCUGUACCUGGCUCAGUCCAAGGGAUACUUCAACGAUGAGGGUCUUAAGGUCGCUAUAUUGGAGCCCAAUGACCCCUCCGAUGUGACGGAGAUCAUUGGAAGUGGCAAGGUGGACAUGGGUUUCAAGGCUAUGAUCCACACCCUGGCGGCUAAAGCCCGAAACUUCCCCGUCACAUCUAUCGGGUCUCUUCUCGACGAACCUUUUACGGGUGUCGUCUACCUCAAGGACAGUGGCAUCACCACCGACUUUCGUUCCUUGAAGGGCAAGAAGAUCGGCUAUGUCGGCGAGUUUGGGAAGAUCCAAAUCGACGAGCUGACCAAGCACUACGGGAUGACCGUAGAUGAUUACACCGCGGUGCGGUGCGGGAUGAACGUCAGCAAGGCGAUCAUCCGCGGGGAGAUCGACGCGGGGAUCGGCCUGGAGAACGUGCAGAUGGUUGAGCUCGAGGAAUGGCUCGCAAGCCAGGGCCGCCCCAAGUCGGACGUGCAGAUGCUGCGCAUCGACGAGCUCGCCCAGCUGGGCUGCUGCUGCUUCUGUUCCAUUCUGUACAUUGCCAACGACGCCUUCCUGGCCGCCCAUCCGGACAAAGUGGCUGCCUUUAUGCGCGCCGUCAAGCGCGCGACUGACGACGUGCUCGCCAACCCCGCCGCCAUGCUGGAGGAGUACAUCGACCUCAAACCUAUCAUGGGCUCCCCCGUCAACCGCAAGAUUUUCGAGCGCUCCUACGCCUACCUAAGCCGCGACCUGAAGAACGUUCGCCGCGACUGGGACAAGGUCACUCGCUACGGCAAGCGGUUGGGCGUUCUCGACGAGGCUUUCGUGCCUAAUUACACCAACGCCUUUCUUUCCUGGUCGCUCGACAGUGACUCUGCCGACCCCGUUGGUGACCAGAAGCGCAUGGCAGCCUUGCAGAAGGAAGUCGCGGUUGAGGGUGGCUACAAGAGACUGGAGAUCGAGACGGUCGCUUGA